AUGCCAUCGUCGUACUUCGUUGAAAAUAAUUCUACAUGUUAUUGUAGUUCUGAUGAUGUCUACAACAUGGACAAACAUGAUGAUGCUGACGCAACUAUUAUCCGGGGAAUAAGAAAGGAAAAGGUGUCAAUAACGUACAUUCAAGAAGGCAGUCAAAAAGUAAAAAGAAUACACAGGCAACCCGAGCCAAUUGACUGUCUUGCGCUGUAUCAACAAGGCUAUACUGAAGACGGUGUUUAUGUGAUCAAACCAACUGGAAGUACUGCUACUGAUGUGUGGUGUGAUAUGACCAAUGGUGGAUGGACGGUUAUACAACGCCGGCAAGACGGAUCAGAAGAUUUCUACCGAAAUUUGGAAGACUACAAGAUUGGAUUUGGGAACAGGAUUAGCGAGUAUUGGCUCGGACUUGAACAUAUAUACUAUUUGACAAUAAACAACACUUCACUCUAUGUAUACUUGGAAACGUUUGAAAUUGACAAUGUUGAUCCAGUUUCUGCUUUUGCUGAAUACUCAACCUUCAGAAUUAAGGAUGAGAGUGAUAAAUACAGAUUGUCGGUUAGGGGAUAUGGCGGUUCGUGUGGCGACUCAAUGUCGUAUCAUAACAAUAGUCGAUUUACAACAAAAGACAGUAAUAAUGACCAACACGGCGCCGAGAAUUGUGCUGUGUCCUAUAGCGGAGCUUGGUGGUACAAAGGUUGUUAUCUUGUGAAUCUAAAUGGAUUGUAUCCAUACACCAAUGGUUUAGAGACAAAUAAGGGCAUUACUUGGACAAGUUGCUGGUCUUAUUACUCGCUCAAGAGAUCUGUAAUGAAGAUAAGGAGAAACAAUUGA